AUUUAUCAGAAAUUAUCUGCUUCCAUUUCUUUUCUGAUCAUGUUUCCAUGUGGGAGUAAAAUCCAACUUUCCAGGAAUCCCUCAUGGCAGUAAAACAAAGCAGGCGGUAGUUUGUUGAACAAAUCUGAUAUAUAAAGAGAGUUGGGGAAUAUCACUUGUCAAAAUCAUCAAUAAAUCAACAUUCAACAAUAAUAUUCCAAGAAGGUAGAAACAAGUUGAAAGGAAAGUAAAGAUAGUCAUCAGCACUUGACAUUUUAUGUUUCUUUUUAUCUGAUUCUGUGAAGGAAGGUUUCUCGCGGCUCAUUUCUGAUCGUGGGGUACAUGGGAAAUUAUAGCAUGUGCAUUUGCUUCCCUAAGAAAUUUGGGGUCACUGAGGCAGGGCCACCAAUGGACGUGAAGGAGGUUUUCAUGGAGUACGCCGAGGGGGGUACCUGCAUGACAGUGGAGCAGCUGAGGCGGUUCUUGAUGGAGGUUCAAGGUGAUGCUGAAGCUUCCAUUGAAGAUGCUGAGAGGAUUGUGGAGGAAGUGCUCCAGAGGAGGCAUAACAAUAACGUAAAGUUUACAAAGCAGGCUCUAAGUCUUGAAGAUUUUCACUUUUACUUAUUCUCUGUGGAUCUCAACCCUUCUCUCCUUGAUCAGGUUCAUCAAGAUAUGACUGCUCCUCUCUCCUACUACUUCAUAUAUACUGGUCACAAUUCAUAUUUGACUGGAAAUCAAAUCAGCAGUGAUUGCAGCGAUGUUCCAAUCAUAAAGGCACUUAAGAGAGGUUUAAGAGUGGUGGAACUUGAUUUAUGGCCAAAUUCUACAAAAGAUGAUGUCCUUGUUCUUCAUGGAUGGACACUGACAACUCCUGUGGAGCUGAUAAAAUGUUUGAGAUCCAUUAAAGAACAUGCCUUUUCAGCGUCUCCAUAUCCAGUGAUAAUUACUUUUGAAGAUCACCUUACCCCAGAUCUUCAAGCUAAAGUUGCUCAGAUGGUCACCCAAACAUUUGGAAACAUGUUGUUUUAUCCUGACUCUGAUUGUGUGCAAGAAUUCCCUUCCCCGGAGGAACUGAAAUAUCGAAUUGUCAUAUCAACUAAACCUCCAAAAGAAUACCUUGAAGAUAUAAGCUUAUCAGGCAGAAGAAGUAACUCCCACACAGAAAAAGAUUCUGAUGAGGAUAUAUGGGGGAGAAUGUCAGCAGACCUCACAUAUGAUGAUGAGAAGAGUGAUUGUGAUACUAGUGAACAUAUUCAAUAUGAUGGUGACAAUGAAACCUAUGAUCGUCUAUUACGCCCAUUAGGGCCACCUACGUACAAGAAUCUAAUUUCCAUUCCAGCUGGAAAGCCAAAGGGAAAGCUGAGGGAGAAACUAAAAGUUGAGAUAGAUAAAGUUAGACGUCUAAGUUUGAGUGAACAAAAAUUUGAAAAGGCUACUAUCUGUCAUGGAACAGAAGUUGUCAGGUUCACACAGAGGAACAUUUUGAGGAUAUAUCCUAGGGGUACUCGGGUUAAUUCCUCAAACUACAAUCCUCUAAUGGGUUGGAUGCAUGGGGCUCAAAUGGUUGCUUUAAACAUGCAGGGAUAUGGCAAAUCUCUAUGGUUGAUGCAUGGAAUGUUUAGAUCCAACGGAGGGAGUGGCUAUGUGAAAAAGCCAGACUUUCUGAUGAAUGUGGGUCCAAAUGAUCAGGUUUUUUAUCCUAAAGCAAAGCUUCAAGUGAAGAAAAUCAUAAAAGUCAAAGUAUAUAUGGGAGAUGGAUGGCAUUUAGAUUUUAGACAAAGGCAGCUUAAUCUUUGGUCUCCACCAGAAUUCUACACCAGGAUUGGCAUAGCAGGAGUACCCGCAGAUAAGACAAUGAAGAAAACAAAGAAAAGAAAGGGCAAUUGGACCCCAGUGUGGGAUGAGGAGUUCACAUUUCCAUUGACAGUUCCGGAAAUAGCUUUACUUCGAGUUGAAGUUCGUGAAUAUAACAUGCCUGAGAAAGAUUAUUUCGCUGGCCAGACUUGCCUGCCGGUGUCCGAAUUGAGACCAGGCAUUAGGGCAGUGCCUUUAUUUAACCGCAAAGGAGAGAAGUUCACUUCACUUAGGCUUCUCAUGCGCUUUGAGUUUGUCCAAGUACAUAUUUAGUCUUACACCGUUUUAUUAGUACAGUACUUUCCCAUAAUUGGGAUGUCCACGCAAAUGCAAUAGAUACUAAUCUCCCGAAACAAAAAACCAUCACAUCUCAUUUUUGUGUUCUGUAAUAGUAAUCAAAUGCAAGAAAUUUAUAGUGCAUUACUACGUUUAGUUACUUAAAUUCAUCUAAAUUUUGAAAUUAUCCAAACAUGAUGGUGUUUCAGAAACUUGAGUCAGAAUUUGAAACCGAAAGGAUGUAUGUAUCAUACUCAAAAUUGACCCGGUCACUCAAGCUGCCCACACGACGACUUGAGUCAAUAUAUCUUAACUCCUUAUUUUCAACCAAGAAUGCCCUACCAAUUUUUUUUUCCUUUAGGCCCCCAAGGGGCCAGCACCUGUUCUUGUCUGGUAAUGUUCAAAAGGCAUCAAUGGUAAU